AUGGCUAAGAAGCAGCUUUCAAGCCAAGCUCUUGCUGAGUUCGCAAGUGCAGCGGCCAAGCUGCGUGUGGGGCAGCUUUGCCGCGUGGAGGGCAAGGAGGGUGAGGUAGCUUUCAUCGGCGAGGUAGAGAAUCUCCCGAUAGGCUUCUGGGUGGGCGUGAGGUACCGAGAGGCCGUGGGGAAGAAUGACGGGACAGUGAAGGGGAGGAGGCUCUUUGAUUGCCAACCCCUUCACGGCCAUCUCGUUCGC